CACUCUUCUGUUUCAUUUUAAAAAGUAUUAUUGUAUUGUUUUAUUGGGAGUUUCGGACUGUUUAUAUCGUAGAUAUUCAGUCAAAAUCGAUGUUAUGUUCUAAUUUUCAUCGCAGAAAGAAAUUUGCAACGUUAUCUAAUAACGUUUUUAAAUUUCUUUUUCUUUAAAACAAAUAUGCUGGCAACCCAUUUGCAGGCACUCACUCACGGAAGUGAACCUUCUGAUUAUUGGGAAAUCUUACAACCGCAUUAAAGACGCUUCUAAAUUCACGAAGCUUGUUUUCUGCUGGGGCUUGCAACCUUUUUUUUCGCUUUCUCCUAGGAUAUUUAAGUUAGAAAGGCAACGGAUUCUUAUGAAAGCCAAGACAGCUAGCAUGCCAACGUUAUCCUGCGGGUGCUAGCUAGCUAGCUAAGCUAGCUGGGGGAACCUUAGGUUUAAACCUACGUGUCACACGCCGCAGGAGCGGCGGUAGAAGUAACGUUAGCUAUGUCACUUAACGCAGGUCUUAUUCUCCUUUCGUUUUGUUUGUGUAACGAGAGGACGGCUAACUACCGAGGUAAUCGCCAGUGAUCAGUAUUGCCACAUGCCGUACUUCUCUUGCGUAAUAAGGUCAGAUAAAGAGGUAGUUGGCUAACUGGCUAGUUCGCUGUAGUUAGCUAAAGGCAGACAACAUGUUUCAGAAGACCUCACUCACGACCAUCAUAGUGGGGGUCUUCAUCGUCUAUGUACUGCACACAUGUUGGGUUAUGUAUGGCAUAGUUUAUACAAAGCCUUGUGAAAAACCCAAAGGUGACAGUUGCAUCACUCCAUACCUGGCCGGAAAACCUCGACUGCAGCUAAGCAUCUACACAUCGAUACGUCCCAAUGCUGAAGGUGGCCACAGUCUCAUCCACAAAGAGGAGGAAUUUGAUGUGCACACCAGGUUUGAGAGGUUGAUAAACGUAUCCCUGCCGAAGAAGACGCGGAGAAAUGGAACUUUGUACGCCAUGGUGUUUGUGCACCAGGCAGGGGUUAUGCCAUGGCAGGAUCCUCGCCAAGUACAUUUGGUAACCCAGCUUACCACCUACAUGCUGCCCAAGCCCCCUGAGGUCAGCCUGAUCCAGGGCCAGGACGAGCACCUGCAACAGGAACGGCAGAGCACGGGCGGUGACGGUGAGCAGGUCCGGCCCGUUUCUCACUGGCGCUCCCGCCUCACACUGAAUAUCGUAGCUGAGGACUUCCUUUUCGACCGUGAUGCACUGCCCAGCGACGUGCACCGCUACAUGCGAGUGUUUAACAGCGGCAAGAAAAUGUUCUACCUGCCCCUGCUGUUCAUAGACGAACUGAGCAACCGAGUGAAGGAUUUAAUGGAGAUCAACAGCAGCACGGCGGAGCUGCCCCUCACCAUCUCCUAUGAUACCAUUGCUCUGGGAAAGCUCCGCUUCUGGAUCCACAUGCAGGAUGCCGUCUACUCGCUGCAGCAGUUCGGUUUCACGGAAAAAGACGCAGAUGAAAUCAAGGGCAUAUUUGUGGACACCAACUUGUACUUCCUGGCUUUGACCUUUUUUGUUGCUGCCUUCCACCUCUUGUUCGAUUUCCUGGCGUUUAAAAAUGACAUCAGCUUCUGGAAACAUAAGAAGAGCAUGGUGGGGAUGUCCAGCAAAGCAGUGCUAUGGAGGUGUUUCAGCACCAUCGUCAUCUUCCUCUACCUGCUGGACGAACAGACCAGCCUGCUGGUGCUCAUUCCUGCUGGGAUUGGCUCUCUGAUCGAGGUGUGGAAAGUAAAGAAGGCCUUCAAGAUCUACGUUGUGUGGAAGGGUGCUGUGCCACAGUUCCUGUUUGGCAAGUCUGAUGAAUCAGAGAGAAGGACCGAGGAAUACGAUAGUUUGGCGAUGAAAUACCUGUCGUACCUGCUGUAUCCGUUGUGCGUGGGGGGAGCUGUUUACGCUCUUGUGUUUGUGAAGUACAAAAGCUGGUACUCCUGGCUGAUCAACAGUUUAGUCAAUGGAGUGUAUGCUUUCGGAUUCCUCUUCAUGCUACCUCAACUCUUCGUGAAUUACAAGUUAAAAUCAGUGGCUCAUCUACCCUGGAAGGCCUUUAUGUAUAAAGCGUUCAACACGUUUAUCGACGACGUCUUUGCCUUCAUAAUCACCAUGCCAACCUCUCAUCGGCUGGCCUGCUUCCGGGACGACGCCGUGUUCAUCAUUUACCUGUACCAGAGAUGGCUGUAUCCUGUUGACAGGACCAGGGUGAACGAGUACGGCGUGUCUUACGAUGAAGAGCCAAAAAGGAAGGCACACAAAGAUUAAGCGCGUCAGGCCAGAGGACUGUCAGAAAUGCAAACACACACUCGCAAGGACAGAUGGUUGCGGUGUGUGCAGAUGGGCAUUAGCAUAUUGGGUGACUUAGACUGUUUAUUUCCUCUGUUGUCUCCUCUGGAGUCUGACCAACCUCUUUCUCCACCAUCUACAGGUGCACUCAUGUGUUGUACGUACUGACUGAUCGAAUAUAUGCAGGGAACAAGUCCAUGCGAGUGGAUUAUUGAACUGGUUCAUCUUAAAGUAGCUUUAAAUUCCAACGCAAAGUGUCUUGAGGAGCUUGGUUUAGGCCACAGUACGCUAACUGUGUGUCCAGCUUCCUGCACACGCUUGGUCAGACCAGAACUCAUUAUUAUUCCAGACCGUGUCUGCCUGUCAUGCAUGUCACGAUACAAGAACUUGUUGCCAUGAGAACGCUAUCGUAGAUGACAGGUUUUUUGUUUGUUUGUUUGUUUGUUUUGCUUUGUCAAUAUAAGAUAAAUAAACUCGGCUGAAGACAAAAGUAUUUUCGCAGGUUCGCUGAGGAAAUGUUUUAUUUUUUGGGGGGGGGGGGAAAUAGUGUUCUGAAAUCAAUGGUGCCAAAUGAACCGGUUUGAAUUUUGGAUGUUUUGACUUGAGGGCAGGGAAGACGAUGUCUCGACUGCUGCCUGAAAGAGCAGAGUACUGGUGAUAAAGGUCGUGUGUUGGGUGCGUGGUUGUGAGCUUGUGUACCAUAUUCCACUAUAGUGUUUUAAGGAAGUGAGUCAUCGACUUAUUUGUGAAGUCCAUGCAUUGAUUUAUGAUGUGAAUUUUUUUUUACCUGCUUAAAACUACAACAUUAAGCACUUUUUGAAAUUUCCUGAAAUGGUAAACCAUUGAUUGAAUGGUUAGUACAAGAGAGAAAUUAUGGUAAUCUGUAAGGCAGAGAACCUGGAUAUCUUUAUCAUGCUAAGUGUACUAUUUUCAUUUAGAAUUAAAAUUGCAACCAAUUGUUAUACUUAAAUACCUUGUGUUCUUGUACCAGAUGCGAAAAUGUUGUUAGUAAUAUUAAUUUACUAAUGUUCUUGUGCUUCUUCCGCUUUCUGAAAAUAAAUAAAUGAAAAAUUCCA